AUGGUAAAUGUCUUCAAUGUGCAAAUCUUUUUCAUCGUUUUCCGUGAAUCCCUAGAGGCCAUUGUGGUUGUCUCGGUGUUGCUUGCGUUCCUUAAACAAGGUCUUGGCCAGGCCACGGAAGACCCAACAACAUACAAACGAUUGGUGCGACAGGUUUGGGCCGGGAGUAUACUGGGGGUAAUUCUAUGUUUGAUUUUGGGAUGUGCUUUUAUUGGAGCUUUUUAUUCGUUGAAAAACGAUAUUUGGACCAAGUCUGAGGAUAUCUGGGAGGGAAUUUUCUGUAUCAUUGCAACUGUCUUGAUUUCACUUAUGGGUAUAGCCAUGUUGCGAAUCAACAAAAUGAAGGAGAAAUGGAGAGUCAAGUUGGCUCAGGCAUUGAUUAAGGAGCCAGAAAAGAAAGCUGAUCGGUUUAAAAUUGGUUACUUGACGAAAAAAUAUUGUAUGUUCAUUUUACCUUUUAUCACCUGUUUGAGAGAAGGCUUGGAAGCAGUGGUUUUCGUUGGUGGUGUGGGAUUGAAUAGUCCUGCUACAGCCUUUCCCAUUCCUGUAAUUUGUGGAAUCAUCGCUGGUGUUUUCGUGGGCUUUUUGUUGUACUAUGGAGGCUCCACCAUGUCCAUGCAAAUUUUCUUGAUUUUUUCCACCUGUGUUCUUUACCUUAUUUCGGCCGGAUUGUUCUCUCGUGGUAUUUGGUACUUUGAAAGUCAUGUUCUUAGUGUCCAGACGGGAGGAGAUGCAUCGGAAAACGGUUCUGGUCCAGGAACUUACGAUAUUAGUAAGUCGGUGUGGCAUGUCAAUUGUUGCAAUCCAGAGACUGAUAACGGUUGGGAUGUCUUCAAUGCUUUAUUAGGCUGGCAAAAUUCUGCCACCUACGGCUCGGUGAUCUCAUACAACAUCUACUGGCUUGCUCUUAUUGUUGCAAAUUGCAUUGAUGCUUUACGAGGAAAAGAAGGGCCACUUGCCUUUCUGCAAGAACUUGAAGUUGAUCGAAUUGAACCCUAUGUAUCAUAUCAAGGGUAA